AUGAGCGGAGACGGCACAAAACUGCUUCAGCAGAGGCUGGCCGAACGAACCCGCGAACAUAAAGCAACACGCAAAACAGCGCUAGAGAGCAAAUUUCGUAAGCUGCCCUCUCCAAUGUCAUCCAAGAACGACAAACUGGUGCACGACAUGUCGUCAGAGGAACUGACGGAGGAACUAAUGCAGGUUUUACGGCAUGAGGCCUCAUUCAACACAGCCGAUGCCAAACCUGCCAACAUGAUCGCAGCAGUGGAAUCAAUCCUCAGCCAGACGGGGGCGACAGACGAAACGAAGAACCUCAUUCGACACCAAGUGUCCUCGCUCCAAAUGGCUUUCCAAGGUCGAGCGCGAUGCACUUAAGGAACUCACGGUCGACAACGACCUCGUUCCCGCGCCUGCGGACAAGGGGUGUUCGACGGUCGUAUUGAACAGAACAGAAUACAAUCAAAAAGCCAAGAGCUUGUUGGAGGAUCGUCAGUCCUCUGUCCCAUGCGAAUCCAACCCCAUGAAAACGCUGACACGCGAGAUUAACGCGACGCUGUUGGCAAUGGAGAACUCAGGUGCAAUAUCGCCAAUAGACAGACGCAUGGCGAGAGCACAAGAAACGGCCCUAGUCCGAUUCUACGGUCUCCCAAAAGUGUACAAAGAGGGCGUUCCUCUCCAGCCUAUCGUUUCACUAAAGGGCGGUCCAACUUCAGGACUGGAAAAGUGGCUGUUCCAACGUCUCAUGUUUCUGACCUCCGAUUCGAAUACCACAGUCAGCUCGUCAACGCAAUCCCUGGAGAAACUUAAAGGAGUAAGUCUCCUGCCAAGCGAUAUCAUGGUUUCCUUUGAUAUCACGUCCCUUUUUACUCCUAUCCCGCAGGACCUGGCAGUCGAGACAAUCGAACUACUCCUACGAGAGAAGUACGACGAAACGGAGAAUCGCCUCGGACACGCCUUAUUCAUCCAGCUCCUGAGGUUCUGA